AUGGAACUUCAACCGAAUACCGAUGACUUGGAAGAUAUACCUGAAUCCCAAUCUCCUGAAGGAAUGGACUUAAAAGCCCACUCUAUGGAAUUGGAUGAUGAGCCCGAAGUUGAAGAACCAAGCGAAAUGAGCCUAGAUGUAAACAGCAAAUCUGAAGGUUUGAUGCCUCCAGAUGAGGGUCUCAUUUCAGAGUAUUGUCCUGGAGCUGGCGACCUGAACACCGGCAAUACCGGAGCUAGUGAUCAAAACUGUGGUGUUAGUGAGUUGGUUUGUUCCCUUUUUGGGACCCAAAAGGAAUUCGUCAAACCAGACACUGGAAUAGGCGAAGGUUUACAAGGUGAAACGGAAAACCAACAUCUCACAACCAAUGCCUCAGGGAAGGCUGUUGAUCAGUCUCCUAUGGGACCGCCCUCCACAGAUACUCGCAGACCGCUUUCAGAACCCUCCAUUCAACGUCAACAGGGUCCACGACCGACUUCCGAUCAACGAACCACCCUGAACGAAAAGCUGCACCAGCAGCCUCUUCAGCAGGCAGAAAUUUUUGAGGCUCCAACAGAGCCGCCUUCAACGAGUGAGGUGGAGGCCGAAGCGACCGAAAACGGCGCAGUCCAGCACGUGGCAGACGAGGCGGCGGCGAAGGCGGCGCCACUUAUAGCCUUUGACUCCGCCACGGACACUCAACAAGAGGAAGGAAGGGAUGUUGGUAUGCGCGAGAACAAUAAUGAUCAGGCCGAAACGGGAACUGAUCCUGAGCGACAGCUACCAAUGUCAUUGGAAAACUUCGAUUCUGCUGUUAUUGAGGUGAAGCGCUUAGGGAUACAAAAGCUUGUUCUUUAUAUCUUCGGUGUUUACUUGACAGUCUUUGUGCCCGAAUUUUUCAGCUUUUGUUAG